GGCGGCCUGAGGUGGCCCCGGCGAUGGCGGCCGCGGCCCCCGCGGCCCUCUCGGCCCCCUCGGCCCCCAGCGAGGCGAAGCGGCCCGAGGGCGAUGAGUGGUGCGACAGUGGGCUGGGCUCGCUGGGCGAGGGGCCGCUGGGGCAGCCGCUGCCCGACGGCCCCGGUCCGGAGCCCCUCGAGCCCCCCGCGGACCCAUCAGCCUGGUUGCGGCAUGUCCUGAGCUUCGUCACCGAGGACGGAGACACAGCGUUGCACUUAGCCGUGAUCCACGAGCACGAAGAAUUCCUGGAGUCCAUCCUGCGGCACACGGAGCACUCCCCGUACCUGGACCUGCAGAACGACCUGGGGCAGAGCGCUCUGCACAUCGCGGUGGUGCUGGGGCUGGACACUGUGGGGCUGUGUGGGAAGUUGGGAAUGUGGUUUGGCAACACAGUUUGGGGUUACACCCCCCUGCACGUUGCCGUCCUGCGCCGGGACCUGGAGCUGGUGCAGCUGCUGCUCCGUGCGGGCGCCGACCCCAACCGGCCGGAGCCGAGCUGCGGCCGCAGCCCCCUGCACUUGGCCGUGGAGGCGCAGAGCCCCGAGGUGGCCGAGUGCCUCCUGCGGGGGGGGGCCCAUCCCGACCCCUGCACGUUCUCGGGGUACACCCCCUUGUACAGUGCCCGGCGCCGCCCGGACCCCCGCCUGCCCCCUUUGCUGCGGCGCUUUGGGGCCCGGGACCCCCCCAGCGACAGUGACAGUGAUGACAGCAACAGCGAGGCGGGGGCUGAGGACAGCGAGGAGGAGUACGACGACAUUGUCAUCAACAGUGGACGCUGCCCAGACUGAGGGGCCCCCCCGGAGCCCCCGCAUGGACUUGGGGGUCCUUCCCCCACCCCCCUGUUGUGGAGGAGCCUCCAAAGCUGCCCCUGCCCAGGCCCAGG